AUGCGGUGUUACAGUGAUUUGGAGGUGAAAGAACUUGUUAAACAGGAAAAGGUUAUUGUAAUUAAUAAUGAUAAAGUGUAUGAUGUAACCGAUUUCGUUGAGAGACACCCCGGUGGGAAACAUUAUCUGUUGGAUCAUGUGGGUGAGGAUGUGACGAAUCUCAUGUCGAAGGAGUCGCCCCAUCAACAUACACAGGCCGCUAUGACUAUUCUCAAGAAAUACUGUCUCGGACAUUACAAAUACUAUCAGGGAAAGAAUGGUCUGCGACAUCGGGAAAUAAAUGGCAAUGAAAAGAAUGGAAUUGUGCGAAAUGAAAAUCUGAAAAAAGAUGGCACUGAAUCACACCACGAGCACUACAGUGAUCUGGAGAAGUUGGUGGAUUGGGACAAACCGAUGCUAACACAGGUUGCUCACCUGGGUGAACGCUAUUUUGAAUGGGUCCAUUACCCAGAAGACAAGCACAUUCGUCUUUUUAAAUCUGACUUCUGCGAGUAUUUCUCACAAUGUCCAUGGUAUGUGGUGCCCAUGUACUGGGUACCGAUGCUAAUACUAUUUCUCUACAGUUCCUUCAGAUUGUUGUCAGAGGCACCAUGUAUCUUCCCUGGCACAAGUUAUGAGAUGACACCUAAACACAUGCCUCUCAUGUUUAUGAUUGGAUUGAUAAGUUGGACGCUAGACGAGUAUGUAAUUCAUCGCUGGAUGUUUCACCUCCGCCCACCUAGCAAUUCCCGCCUAUUGGUGACAUUACACUUUUUGCUUCAUGGUCAGCAUCAUAAGACCCCACUAGACAAGAAGCGUCUAGUGUUUCCACCGGUGCCAGCUACAAUACUGGGAAUUACGCUGUACAGUAUCUAUGCAACAGUAUUUCCACAUGGUAUAACGCUGUCAUUCGCAGCAGGCACAGUAACAGGCUACAUCAUAUAUGACCUGACACACUACUUCCUUCAUCACGGGCGACCAACAAUGCCUUACUUUAUAUCCUUAAAGAAAUACCAUGUGAAACAUCAUUUUGAAAAUCAACAGUUAGGAUUUGGAAUAUCAUCUAAGUUCUGGGACUAUCCGUUUGGUACCUUGAUUCCUGAGUGUUAG